UUAACUCUUUCCCUACCACUGACGUAUAUACACGCUUAUUUUAUCUUCUCUGUGCUCGCAGUGACGGAUAAACCCGUCUGAUAUUACCUAAACCGCAUUGUCGUAUAUAUCCGCUGUAAACAAAUACAUGCGCAAUCGUACUGACUGAUAUAUCUGCUUUUUUACACAUGUUACAUUAAAUGUGAUUGGUUAGAUUGGAGAGAUUUCCCAUCUCUGAACCAAUGAAAAUUAGUUUUAGGAAAAGUAUAUCUGUAAUACAAUACGUCAGUUUUCCAUAUUAAGUUAUCUAUUAACAAGUACAAAGGAGCUUUUCAAAGCGUUGUUUACACUAUUCGAAGCAAGUCAAGAUGGCGGAAAACAUUCUCGAUAUAUUUCUAUCAGACGAUGAAGAUUUUGAAUUUGAGGGAUUUACAAAUUCAGAAAUACAAUGGAACGGAGACAAGAAGUAUUGGAAGUGAUAUUUCUUUCUCCGAUAGUGAAGAUUCCUCCUCGUCCGAAGAAUCAGAAGAGGAAAUAGACGAAGAAACUUGGACAAGAACGCUCUCCAGACCAAACGUUGCCGAGUUUAAUGAGCAAGUUGGAGCAGCUUUUGUUUUAGAAGAACAUAAGAAAGAAUUAGAUUUCUUCCACAAAUUUUUCCCUGUUUCUUUAAUCGACAAAAUUGUAGAGGAAACAAAUCAGUAUGCAGCGCGAUGCAUUGAAACAAGGCCGGAUAAAGUGUGGGUCCCUACUACCUUUCUUGAAAUGAUGGCGUUUUUGGGAAUUCAUGUAGUAUUUUCCGUCAUAGGAGUUCCUUCGUACACCCUUGCAUGGAAGUCAUUUUGGCCCUUUGAGCUUCCAAGUAUACCUUCCAUUAUGACAAGGACACGUUUUGAGAGAAUUUCCAAAUACUUUCACAUGAACGAUACCAGACAAAAUCCACCUAAGGGACGACAAGGACAUGACAAACUGUGUCAUAUUAGACCAGUAAUUGACAAACUUUCUGAGACAUGCUUGGAAAACUACAGUCCUCAUAAAGAACAGUCCAUUGAUGAAGGAAUGAUAGCCUUCAAAGGAAGACUGUCAUUCAAACAGUACUUACCGGCCAAACCCAGAAAAUUUGGAAUAAAAGUGUGGAAGCGUGCUUCACCGCACAAUGGAUACAUACAUGAAUUUCAAGUGUACACCGGAAGAGUCGCAGAGAGAAGACCAGAGGAAGGGUUGGGGGCACGUGUGGUGAAGGACCUAACUCGGAAAUUGAUUGGAGAAUCGCAUGUGAUUUACAUGGACAAUUUUUUUUGGAGCCCAGAACUGUUUGAACGCUUGUUACGUGAAAAGAUCUACUCUUGUGGCACUGUCCGAAUAAAUCGCCAUGGAAUGCCAGAAGCCAUCAAAAGUGCCAAAUUAAAGAACAGAGGAGAAUCCCUAACAAUGCAGAAAGGCAACCUAGUAGCAACAGCAUGGAAAGACAAGAAGAUUGUGACUUACCUAAGCACAAACUGCGAUCCUACACAGACCAGAGUAGUGCAAAGACGUUAAAAGGAUGGGACCCUAAAAGAUGUGUCAACUCCAAGUGUCUCUGAGCUAUACAACAAAUAUAUGUUUGGUGUAGACUUGGCUGACCAAAAGAGGAUGCAGUAUUCCACUUGCAGAAAAGCCAAAAAAUGGUACAAGUACUUGUUUUGGUUUUGUUUUGAUGUUGCACUUGUCAAUUCCUUGAUUUGCAUGCAAGAAUCGCCAAGUCAUAAGUUGCUGACCAAAACAAACAAGGAAAAAAAGAGAACACAGUUGGACUUCCGAAUGGCAUUGGCGCAGCAGAUGAUCGGAACAUUCAGAGGAAGUAGAAAGCGUAGGGCACCUGGAGUGACGGGAAAUUGUGGGGAUGCACAUUGGCCCAUUCAAUUUGAAAAAGCUGGACGAUGUAAGGGAUGUGCAAAGCAGAACAAGAGACACGAAGUCUCUACUGGAUGCAGACAAUGUAAUGUUAGACUGUGCAUAAAGAAUGACUGCUUUUUCAAGUACCACCAAGAACUGUUAAAAUGAAUUAAUUACACUUUUUGUGUAUAUUUCAAGGAAUGCUAUGUAAAUAUUGUAAAUGAAAGCCAUUUUUGAAAUAAUUAAUUAACUUUUUGGGGUUUAUAAAAUUGAAUUUAUAAAAUUGAAACAUCACUGAAUAAAAAACUUUUUGAAUUUUUAAAAUAUUCCAAUAAAUAAAUGAGAUAUUGAGAGUUUUAUGUUUGUACCAUUCAUUCCAGCAGCAAAUCUCCUCAGCUGCAAAAUAUCUCUGGUAAUUAACCCUCACACUGCUGCUGCAGUGAGAGAUAAGAACUGUGUGUAGUAGUGAACAGCCAGAGCAGCUGUGGUAGAUAAGAAGUUAA